UCUCAUUGUGACGUUAAAUGUUGUGGAGAGGCUCUUGUUUUGUUUUUCUUCACUCAGCUGCUGAUGGGCGGAACUGAACCACUCCCUGCACACAAAGCUCCCUACCCCUCCCCCCGGGCUGGCUCUCUGGUGACGACAGCACUUCCUGAAUCACCUGGACAGGUGAACAGCUACGGUGUUGACCUACCUGUCGGGCUGUGACCUGCUACAGGAUGAAAAUAGACCUCACCGGCGGCCUCAGCGUUGAAACUCAACAUCUGUACGGUUGAACCUCAGACGGCUGAAAGGAAGACUUCUCAUUUCAGGAUGAGUGACUCUAUGAAGACUCAGCUGGUGAGCUCCAUCCAUCUGCAGGAGGUGGAAUUGCAGGAGAAACCUGCCGACGACAAGCAGGACAGCAACAAUAGCAACAAUAGCAACAAUGCAGAUAAAACGUUUACAGUGGAGGAUGCCGUGGAGAAAAUCGGCUUCGGGCGUUUUCACAUUCUGCUGUUUGUCAUCAUGGGCAGCUCCAACAUCGUGGAGGCGAUGGAGAUCAUGUUGUUAGCUGUGGUUUCUCCGGAGAUUCGAUGUGAGUGGCGUCUGGAUGACUGGCAGGUGGCACUCGUCUCCACUAUGGUUUUUCUGGGCUUCAUGGUUUGUGGAGUGUUGGGAGGAUACAUCGCCGACCGAUACGGACGCUGGAAGGUCGUGUUCGGUGGCUUCGUGUGGAGUGCGUACUUCUCGCUGCUCACGUCAUUCGCACCGUCGUACGGUUGGUUCAUCUUCCUGCGUGCCAUGGUGGGCUGCGGCGUAGCAGGAGUGUCGCAGGGGUUUGUGCUGAAGACCGAGUUCAUCCCGGCAAAGCAUCGAGCCACCCUGCUGCCUCUGGCCACCAUAUUCUGGAUGCUGGGCUCCAUGCUUAUCAUCAUUCUUGGUAUGCUGGUGGUUCCAACUUUGGGCUGGAGGUGGAUGAUACGGAUCUCUGUCACGCCGAGUAUCAUCCUCAUCUUCCUCUUUAAGUUUAUUCCUGAGUCGGCUCGUUACAACGUAUCAGCAGGAAAGACUGAGGCUGCCAUGAAAACACUGCACUGGAUUGCUAAAAUGAACCGAGCUUCUCUUCCGCCAGGACGACUCGUGGAGCCCGUCACGAGCGAAAGAGGCAGCUGGAGAAUUCUGCUCAGCCCAUUAUUCAGGAGGACAUCUGUACUGCUCUGGUACUCAUGGUUUGUGGCAUCGUUUAUAUACUACGGCUCAGUGCUGAGCAGUUCGGAACUGUUGGAGAAGAACCUGUUGUGUGUGAUCGAUGCUGACAAAGAGCAUCAGGUCAAACAUCGCCAUGAGGACGGACUGUGUUACUGCAUCCCCUUUGGUUAAGGUGACUACCAGACUCUGCUUAUCAGCUGCCUCGGAGAGGUUGCAUUGGUCCCAGCAAACAUCGCUCUGCUCAACGUGUUUGGACGCAAGAUGACUCUGACCGUGCUGCAGCUGUUAGCAGCCUUUUUCUUUAUGAUACUCAACAUUUGCUCCACUAUGUUUGGCUUCACGGUGCUGCUGUUUCUGCUGCGGUCUCUGGUCUCCAUGAACUUUAAUGUGGUUUACAUCUACACAGCAGAGGUGUACCCCACGGUGGCGCGCUCUCUGGGGAUGGGUUUCUGUACGUCGUUCAGUCGCAUUGGAGGAAUGAUCGCUCCGUUCAUUGCUCAGGUGCUGAUGUCUCAGUCGGUGAUUCUGGCUCUCUGUCCGUUCGCUGUGGCCUGUGUGCUCUGCGCUCUAGGAAACUUCCUGAUGCCAAUAGAAACCAAAGGACGAGCUCUGCUGCAAAACUCCUGAUGGUGUCUCCGAACAAACUGCUGCUCUUUGUUAUUUCAUUUUGGUUACAUGUGUAAAGACUUUAAAUAUGAUACUGACCUCAGGUGUUGCUGUGCCUUCAUUAACAGCUCAAAGGGAAUGAAUGUUUGUUAGCAUCAGUGAAGGAAACCUUACAUUGUUCAGGUUGUCAGGCCAGUUAUGAGCCCUGUUUCUCUGGUUUUUGUAGGAUUAUCUUUCACCUCCUCCUGCACUUCACAUGAAUCAGCUGUUACUUUAUGCUUAAAAGAUUCAACAGUAUAACAAUGUAACAUUAUUUCUGGCUCUUUGUAUGUAAAGAAUAAUAAUUACCGUAUAUUUUAUAAACAUAUCCAGAAGGUACAGGUACAGUAGGCUCUAACAGUAAUUCUGUAUGCUCAUUAAUAAACUCCAACUAUUGAACAAAG